AUGGAUGAAGACAACAGAACAUUUUCUAGUGACUUUACGCUCAUCGGCCUCUUCAAACACAGUCAAACCUCAGGCAUCCUCUUUAGCUUCAUUUGUGUCAUCUUUUUCAUGUCUAUCAUAGCUAAUGGGGUCAUGAUCUUCCUGAUCUGCAUAGAUCCUCACCUCCACACUCCCAUGUAUUUCCUACUCAGUCACCUCUCCUUAAUUGACAUGAUGUAUAUCUCCACUAUUGUUCCCAAGAUGCUGAUUGAUUAUCUUUUGGGCAAUGGGACCAUCUCCUUCAUUGCAUGCUCAGCCCAGUACUUUCUGUACAUGGGCUUUGUGGGGGCAGAAUUCUUCCUGUUAGGUCUCAUGGCCUAUGAUCGCUAUGUAGCCAUUUGUUACCCUCUCCGCUACCCUGUCCUAAUGAGCCGAAGGGUCUGUUGGAUGAUCUUAGCCAGCUCUUGGUUUGGGGGUGCUUUAGAUAGUUUCCUCCUCACCCCCAUAACGAUGCGCCUCCCUUUCUGCACCUCCCACAAGAUUAAUCACUUUUUCUGUGAGGCACCCACUAUGCUGAGACUGGCAUGUGGCAACAAAGCUGCCUAUGAAAUGGUGAUGUAUGUUUGUUGUGUCAUGAUGCUGCUUAUCCCCUUCUCUGUGGUGAUUGUUUCUUAUACCCAGAUUCUCAUUAUGGUGCAUCAAAUGAAGUCAGUAGAAGGGAAGAAGAAGGCCUUUGCCACAUGUUCUUCACACAUGAUGGUGGUUACACUGUUCUAUGGUGCUGCUUUAUACACUUAUAUGCUUCCCCAGUCAUAUCACACCCCACUCAAAGAUAAGAUAUUUUCUGCCUUUUACACCAUCCUCACCCCCUUGUUAAACCCUGUUAUCUACAGCCUGAGAAACAGGGAUGUGACAGGGGCCUUGAGGAGAGUUUUGACAAACUGUAACAGACUCUGUGGUAAAACAAGAGAAGAGUUCUGA